UCGGUUGAUCUAGCUAACUACUUUGCAUGUCAUUUUAAGUUGUGAAAUAUAGCUAUACGUGACAGUAUUUGAGUAAUGUUUCUAGUCAUGAUCUAAUUUCACAAGUUUCUCUGCAAAGGUUUUUGAACAGACUUUGAAUCCUGUGUGUCGGGUGAAAGGUCAAGCGGCCAUCUUUGAAGCGAUCCAGAGAGCUGUGGUGGUUUCUAGAAAGCUAGUUAGUUAGCUAGCUACUAUACUAGUACUAUAGCUAACGAAAAAAACGUACGUUUGAAAGUAACGUUACAGCUACAUGUAUUCAAACGGCACAUUUACUAAAUUAUGAAUAGAUGUAUUGGUGAGUAACUUACAUCUAGUAUCGUAGUAGCUAGCUAGUAAACAAAGCCAGUGUGGAUAGGUUAGCUAGCUUGCUAGGCUACCUAGGACUUUCUAGUUGGCUAUUUGUAAACAGAUAGCUACUAUAGUUGUCUAGCUAGGUAAACAAGCUUGCACACUCAUCAUUGUAAAUGCGCAUGUAUAUUUUACACGGUUUUGUAACUAUCUUGUUAGGGAAGAUAAGCAUAGACUAUUAGCUACUAGUAGCUAGACAGUUUCAUGCAGCAGGUUGCGUGUUUAACUGGCGGGAACUUUGCUUUUGAGGACAUUGUUGGUUUCCUCAGUUAACCUCCAAGAAAGUUGUGGGGUGAGGUAACGGUACAUCAGAGAGUACUUUCUGCGCACAUCAUGUCUUCUUUUUCUGAGUCUGCGUUGGAGAAGAAGCUUUCGGAGCUCAGCAACUCUCAACAGAGCGUUCAGACGCUGUCUCUGUGGAUCAUUCAUCAUCGCAAACACUCGCCGCUCAUCGUCAAAGUAUGGCACAGAGAACUGAAGAAAGGUGAGAGAACUUAUGAACGUCGCCAUCACGACAGUAUUCUCUAACUGCUAGUUACACACUGAAACGUUGAUAUGUCACAUGAAGUAUGCCAAACCAUGUUAUUUACUUGGACUACAUUGUGUAUUUGUCUUUCAGCAAAAAGCAGCAGGAAGUUGACUUUCCUGUAUCUUGCCAAUGACGUGAUUCAAAACAGCAAGAAGAAAGGUCCAGAGUUCGCCAAAGACUUUGAGACGGUCCUUGUUGAUGCUUGCUCUCAUGUUGCAAGGUAUGUAGUCUGGUAUGAUACAGUUUCAGGGCUAAACUUCUCUAGCACUGAAAUGUUCAGGUUUGUGAUGCAGGCCUAUGGUUUAUUGUAAACUAGGUAGUUUGGGUACUGGUAGCCCUUGAUCAUGACUCUCAGUACAUUACACAUAAGUCAUUGGACGAAGGCAUCUUCUGUACUGGGAAGUUUUGUUAAGAGCCCCGACCCUCAAUCUGAACAUUAACACGCGUCGCUUGCAGUAUGGUUUUGGAAGCAUAAGGACUUUCAUAUCAGCAAGAAAUCAUUUUAAAAACAAAAGGUUAUAUUGAUACACACCUUGAUAGAGUUAGUGUUCCCACAUGGCCAUAUCUCCAUGUUACAGUGCUUGUUUAUGGAAGACAAGAGGCGCGCACCUGUGCUAAUUAGGUAUCUAGCAUGCUCCGAACACCUGUGUGUGAGAGUAACUUGGGAAGUGUAGUUUCAUUUGAUGAAGGCACCCAUAGCUGUAUGGAUCUCUGCAAAACGGCUACUGUAAGUGUAACUUUUUUAUUUGAAGGAUUCUUUCUCGCUGAUGAAAGAUGAGGACCAUAUGUUUAGAAAGCCGUAUCGCAAGCAAUGAUUAUUGACGUUACUAAACGUUAAAACACAACGUCGGGAUUGUAGUUCACAUGAGUUAGUCGUGGGCGAAGAUAUUGGCUGAAAACUGUAGGGAGAUGGCAGAAUGUCGCCUAGAGUUUUCGAGAGCUAGGGUACCGUAUGCUGAUUAGCUGAAACAGCAUUUCAGCCAUGUGUAUAUCAGACACUAUACCACGGGUAUGAUGCAAAAAUACUUGUUUACUGUUUUAUUUAUGUUGGUUACCAGUUUAUAAUAGCAUUAAGGCAUCUCAGGGGUUUAUGGUAUAUGGCCAAUUCAUGUUGUCAAGAUACCAGUAUCGUGAUACUAGGAAGUAAGGAAGCAGAGGAACCAAAACUUGAAGCAGACUGAAUGUCUUGAGGAAAACAGUCCUAAUGUUGGAAAAAACAGCCCUAUGUUGUCACCCAGAGUCACAUUUGUUUAUUUUGCAAGGUAUAGAACACAAUAUUUUACAAAUGUUGGUUUUAAAGGACCGUAAACUUUUUUGUGUAUUUUCUUUUUUGCCAAGGAAAAUCUGGUAUCAUAUACGCUAGGGCCAAUAUAUACCACAACUAAGGACUGUUCUUAAGCACGACACAAUGUGGAGUGCCUGGAUACAGCCCUUACCCGUGGUAUAUUGGCCAUAUACCACAACCCCCUUAGGUGCCUCAUUGCUGUUAUAAACUGGUUACAAACAUAAUUAGAACACUAAACAAGUCAUUUUGCGUCAUACCAGUGGUAUAUUUAAGCAAUAAGGCCCGGGGGGGGUGUGGUAUAUGGCCUAUAUAUCACGGCCAUAUACCACAAACCCCCGAAGUGCCUUAUUGCUAUAAUAAGCUGGUUACCAAUGUAAUUGGAGCACUAAAAGUAUAUGUUUUGUCAUACCCGUGGUAUACGGUCUGAUAUACCACAGUUGUCAGUCAAUCAGCAUUCAGGGCUCGAACCAACCAGUUUAUAAUGUCUGAUAUACCACAGCUUUCAUCCAAUACCACAGGUAUGACAAAACAUUUAUUUUUACUGCUCUAAUUGCGUUGGUAACCAGUUUAUAAUAGCAAUAAGGCACGUCGGGGGUUUGUGGUAUAUUGCCAAUAUACCAUGGCUAAGGGCUGUAUCCAGGCACUCCGCGUUGCGUCGAGCAUAGCUACAUCAGUUAGACCAGGGCCUAAAAUUAACUUUUUUGUUCGCCAGCCACUGUGGCAGGUAGAUUUAAAAAUCUACCAGCCAAAAUAUUUUUUUGGCCGCUACAAUUACACCAACACAACAAAACAGAUGAGCAUGCUUUGUAAUGUUUCUAAAACAAAUGUAUUACUAGUAAGAAGUAAUGUGGUAUAUUGUUUAUUUUUAAGUCUUUUAACUAAAAUAUUACAGAUGAGACAAAACAUUUCACCUGCCCCUUUAAAGGCGGGAUGUUACCGUGGUAAUGCGACUCCAGUCAUGUUUUUGCCUGUGAUAUUGAGUCUGACUAGUAGCCACGUUGUCUUCUCUUCCCUAGCAGUUCAAACUCAAACAAUGAAAAACAACCUAGCUUCUGAACAAAACAAUGUAAAUAGCCAAGAAGGACAAAGUCUCACUUCAGUAGACUUUCGUUUAAAGUAAAUUAGACCAACUUUUAUGCCUGUGCGCAGCGCUUCUAAAAAUGAAUCUUUGACUCGGCUCUUCACUUGCGCACAGCCCCCAGCCAGGCAGUGUUGCAGCGUGAGGUGGAAUAGGCUAUAGGAUUUGUAGUUCUUUGACUUUGUGCGAUAAUUUUACCAGCUAUGAAACAAAACAGCAGAAAUACUUUGAAAACAGCUACUGCAGCAUUUAUUUUACUAUAAAUGUGAACACACUUGACUAUUUUUUAUUCACAAAUGCGAGUGAAAUGCUCGCACUGUGGAGCCCUGACCACCUGCCAACGUGGCUAGUGAAAAAGACAUCUUACCCGCCAAUGCCAAAAUCUACCUGCAUGUGGCAGGUGUUAAUUUUAGGCCCUGGUUAGACAUGAACGUGCUUCAAAACAUUGGUAAAUGGAUUACACUGCUACUGUCUGCUACAGCAGCAUAACAAAACAUUGGUAAAUGGAUUACACUGCUACUGUCUGCUACAGCAGCAUAACAAAACAUUGGUAAAUGGAUUACACUGCUACUGUCUGCUACAGCAGCAUAACAAAACAUUGGUAAAUGGAUUACACUGCUACUGUCUGCUACAGCAGCAUAACAAAACAUUGGUAAAUGGAUUACACUGCUACUGUCUGCUACAGCAGCAUAACAAAACAUUGGUAAAUGGAUUACACUGCUACUGUCUGCUACAGCAGCAUAACAAAACAUUGGUAAAUGGAUUACACUGCUACUGUCUGCUACAGCAGCAUAACAAAACAUUGGUAAAUGGAUUACACUGCUACUGUCUGCUACAGCAGCAUAACAAAACAUUGGUAAAUGGAUUACACUGCUACUGUCUGCUACAGCAGCAUAACAAAACAUUGGUAAAUGGAUUACACUGCUACUGUCUGCUACAGCAGCAUAACAAAACAUUGGUAAAUGGAUUACACUGCUACUGUCUGCUACAGCAGCAUAACAAAACAUUGGUAAAUGGAUUACACUGCUACUGUCUGCUACAGCAGCAUAACAAAACAUUGGUAAAUGGAUUACACUGCUACUGUCUGCUACAGCAGCAUAACAAAACAUUGGUAAAUGGAUUACACUGCUACUGUCUGCUACAGCAGCAUAACAAAACAUUGGUAAAUGGAUUACACUGCUACUGUCUGCUACAGCAGCAUAACAAAACAUUGGUAAAUGGAUUACACUGCUACUGUCUGCUACAGCAGCAUAACAAAACAUUGGUAAAUGGAUUACACUGCUACUGUCUGCUACAGCAGCAUAACAAAAACAUUGGUAAAUGGAUUACACUGCUACUGUCUGCUACAGCAGCAUAACAAAACAUUGGUAAAUGGAUUACACUGCUACUGUCUGCUACAGCAGCAUAACAAAACAUUGGUAAAUGGAUUACACUGCUACUGUCUGCUACAGCAGCAUAACAAAACAUUGGUAAAUGGAUUACACUGCUACUGUCUGCUACAGCAGCAUAACAAAACAUUGGUAAAUGGAUUACACUGCUACUGUCUGCUACAGCAGCAUAACAAAACAUUGGUAAAUGGAUUACACUGCUACUGUCUGCUACAGCAGCAUAACAAAACAUUGGUAAAUGGAUUACACUGCUACUGUCUGCUACAGCAGCAUAACAAAACAUUGGUAAAUGGAUUACACUGCUACUGUCUGCUACAGCAGCAUAACAAAACAUUGGUAAAUGGAUUACACUGCUACUGUCUGCUACAGCAGCAUAACAAAACAUUGGUAAAUGGAUUACACUGCUACUGUCUGCUACAGCAGCAUAACAAAACAUUGGUAAAUGGAUUACACUGCUACUGUCUGCUACAGCAGCAUAACAAAACAUUGGUAAAUGGAUUACACUGCUACUGUCUGCUACAGCAGCAUAACAAAACAUUGGUAAAUGGAUUACACUGCUACUGUCUGCUACAGCAGCAUAACAAAACAUUGGUAAAUGGAUUACACUGCUACUGUCUGCUACAGCAGCAUAACAAAACAUUGGUAAAUGGAUUACACUGCUACUGUCUGCUACAGCAGCAUAACAAAACAUUGGUAAAUGGAUUACACUGCUACUGUCUGCUACAGCAGCAUAACAAAACAUUGGUAAAUGGAUUACACUGCUACUGUCUGCUACAGCAGCAUAACAAAACAUUGGUAAAUGGAUUACACUGCUACUGUCUGCUACAGCAGCAUAACAAAACAUUGGUAAAUGGAUUACACUGCUACUGUCUGCUACAGCAGCAUAACAAAACAUUGGUAAAUGGAUUACACUGCUACUGUCUGCUACAGCAGCAUAACAAAACAUUGGUAAAUGGAUUACACUGCUACUGUCUGCUACAGCAGCAUAACAAAACAUUGGUAAAUGGAUUACACUGCUACUGUCUGCUACAGCAGCAUAACAAAACAUUGGUAAAUGGAUUACACUGCUACUGUCUGCUACAGCAGCAUAACAAAACAUUGGUAAAUGGAUUACACUGCUACUGUCUGCUACAGCAGCAUAACAAAACAUUGGUAAAUGGAUUACACUGCUACUGUCUGCUACAGCAGCAUAACAAAACAUUGGUAAAUGGAUUACACUGCUACUGUCUGCUACAGCAGCAUAACAAAACAAGAACAAAGAGGAUCAAAUAAGUUAUUGAGUUGCUUGGCUAGGAAGAGUUGAAUUUCAUGAUGAAUCUCUGUCUCUUUCUCUCCCUCCCUCAGAGAGGCAGAUGAUGGCUGCAGAAGGCCUAUGGACAGGCUGCUCACUAUCUGGCAGGAGCGCAGCCUCUACAAGGCAGAGUUCAUCCAGCAGCUGAAGCUUGCCAUCGAAGACUCAAACAGCCCCCAACACCAACCCACAGGUACAGUCAGAGUCCCCUAGGUCUUCACGGAUGCAGCAGUUCAGCUUUACUAAAUGUGUUACUGGUGAUGGCUUGUUUCCUAUGUAGGCUUUUUGGAUGUCAGAAUUCCCAAGAAACAUACACUUCCAAUUGGUUGUUUUUGUAAAAAGUGGUGUUUUCUUUCUAAAUCUGUGGUAUCUUUUGCAGAGGAGAAGAAGGCCCCUAAACGGACCUAUCAGAAGAUGAUCCAAGAGCCGGAGGAAGAGGAAGACGAUGACUACAGGGGCAACAUGUCCCCACAGGAUUCAGACAUCUCAGGGCCACAGCUGGUAGGCUGAACCAACACAACUCCAUAAGUCUUUAGCUCAUUCACCAGUACUUUGUCUAUUACACUGCAAUUUGUGACAGCUUUUCACACCAGCUGAAAUUAUCUCCCAACUCUCCACUAGGUGUCAGUGAUACAAAGGAUGUCCCAUGGACUCUUGAUUUGUGAAUUGUUGUUUAGAAAAAUUAUCCAGCUUGAAAAUUGGAGAUUGUUGCCCAGAGCUUUCACACACCCUUCUCUCCUUCCCUCCCUCUCCCCUCAGACGGAGGAGCUGGUCAAAGCCCUGCAGGACCUGGAGAAUGCUGCCUCGGGUGAUGCUGCUGUGCGCCAGAAGAUUGCCUCUCUGCCACAGGAGGUGCAGGAUGUGUCCCUGCUAGAGAAGAUCACUGGUAAGGAAGCCUUCAUGGUACCUGAAGCACAAGGGAACUUGACCCCACCUUUCUCCCACCUCGAUGUGUAUUGUAGGCCUAGUCUAGUCUACUACAAGGGAUUGUGUUUUUUCAAACUUAACGUUGUUUGUAUUCAAUUGUUUCAAUAUUAUGCUUAAGGCAAAAUACCACCUUAUUUGACUGGACUCACCCUGUCCCUAUAGAUAAGGAGGCAGCUGAUAAACUGUCUAAGACGGUGGACGAGGCCUGUCUACUGCUGGCUGAGUAUAACGGACGUCUGGCUGCUGAGCUGGAGGACAGGAGGCAGCUGGCGCGCAUGCUGACAGAGUACAUCGGUAGCCAGAAGGAAGCCCUCACCGAGAGGGAGAAGAAACUAGAAGCAAGUCUAAACCAUCUAAAUCAUUGUUUUGCUUGUCUGUUACAAACAAGCAAUUAUAAUGUGGGAAAAAAAUAUAUUUUCCCAUGAUCGAAUUACAGCAGCUUUGUGAGUUACUUGGAUUGUUUAAAAGAAGUAGAAAGUGAACCCAUCCAAACUGUACCGUCUGACAUGAGUACUGUUCUUUGUAUUGCAGGAGUACAAACAGAAGCUGGCACGGGUCACCCAGGUGCGCAAGGAGCUCAAGUCUCACAUCCAGAGCCUGCCUGACCUCUCUCUGCUGCCCAAUGUGACGGGAGGCCUGGCCCCUCUACCCUCUGCUGGAGACCUGUUCUCCACCGACUGAGCUUCCUGCUCCCUGUCACACCCUGCCUCUCGCCAGGGCACACACUCCCUGUCGAACCCGCUCACUAGCUACUGAACCCUAGGGAGAGACUGAGAGGGACAGUGGAAGCUUGGGGACAUUCCCGGUGGGAGAGACAAUGGUCGUUGAAGAUUCCGUUCCACCAGCUUGGACAAAUCUCCUUUUUGUUUUUAUUCUGAACGCCAGUCAAACACCAGCUAACUGAUUCCGUGUUGAAGAGAGAAGUUGGUCAUUAGCCAAUCCCCAUUUUUGUGCUCAUAUGGUGAGAUGGUGGCUCGCACACACACUAGAUCAUGUGUCCAACUCAUUCCAUAGAGGGCCGAGUGUCUGGGAUUUCUCUCCUCCCUUGUACUUGAUUGAUGAAAUAAGGUCACUAAUUAGUAAAGAACUCCCCUCACCUGGUUUCUGUGUCUUAGGAAAAAACUAAAACCUGCAGACACUAGGCCCUCCAUGGAAUGAGUUUGACACUCCUGCACUAGAUCGUUGUGACAACUUUGAAGAGACGCAUCACAUUUAUUUUAAUGGCUUUAAGUUGGUUGCUUUUUAAUGUUGAUG